AUGCUUUACGCCACGAAAAUAAAAGCAUUAAUGAUGAUACAUAUGUUGCUAUGUCUUAAGUUAAAUUUUGGCAUCGAAAUAGCCAUUUGGGACAUAAAUUUGGACACAGCCGCAAAAACAAAUCGCCACAUACACUAUCGAAAUAGCUAUGGAUGCAAAUUAAGACUUGAGGAAACAAGGAGCGUGAAGUACAAGCCUCUAGGUGGUGACCUAAGAUCUAUUAUUGAAGAGCAUCACAAGUGUUUUAUUCUGGAUGUAAUUGCCGAGAACAGCACCAUCACGCUUGAAGAGCUACGCCUAGAAGUGAUCAGUCACUUUGAUGAUGUGAAGAACGUCAGUGUCUCAACCCUGUGCAAGUAUCUCCGUCAUUUUGUGAGAAUCACUCUCAAGAGAGCGACGCCGAUUGAGGAGAAGAGGAAUAACGAGAUAACUCUUGCAAAAAGGCACGACUUCAUCUUGAGCCUACAGCCGGAAGGGAUCUUAUACUAUCAAAACUGUAUUUUCAUCGAUGAGGCUGGAUUCAACUUCAAUCUUAUAAAAGGCCGUGCCAGGACAAAGGCAGGACAACCUGCUCUUGUGAUGACAAGCCAAAUAUUCAAAAACUUUGUUCAACAAUUGGUUGAAAAAUUGGAUAGAGCCAAUGCUGGACCUUAUCAUCUUGUUGUAGACAAUGCAAGAAUUCAUUACAACUCUAGCCUGAGAGAGUGGCUAGAGCAAAUAAACAAGCACACGCUUAGAUUUCUCCCUCCCUAUUCCCUCUUCCUCAACUCUGUAGAGAAGUGCUUUUCAAAAUUAUUUUUUUUUGUUAAAAAGCACCCUCUAGAUAGCCAGAAAACACUGAUGGGAAGAAUCAAGGACGGAAGCCACUCAAUUACCAAGCGGGACUGUGAAGGCUGGUUUUCUAUACAGUUCAUAAUUACAUAG